AUGGUAUUUAAGUGGGCAGAAGAAGAAGUGGUAAACUUAUUAAUUCUCUAUGGAAAAUAUGAAUAUUUAAAUCCAUUUGAUCAUUUUGAUAAAAAAAUAUACAUAUAUAGAGUAUAUAAACAUAUAGUAGAUGUCAUGAAUAUACCCUCUUUAACAAUAUAUGAUUGCAUUAAAAAAAUAGAAGAUUUAAAAAAGCAAUAUUGUUUUGAAUUAUCAAAAAUUGCGGCUGCCAUAUUAUGUGGAAAAUUGUAUGAAUCCCAAACAAAAUAUUUUAAACUAAUGCAUGAACUAUUUUUCCCAUUCAUUAACUCUGAUAAACAAGUAAGUCAAAAUAAUAUUACAAAAUAUAUGGUUAAAGAUGUUUGCACAGAAAUAAAUUUAAUGGAAAAAAGAAAUGAUGAUGAGUUUGAUAUGUUUGCAAAGAAUAUAGCUUAUCAGUUGCGAAAUAUUAAUUUAAAAACUGCUAUUGAAUUAGAAAAAAGAAUACAAGAUUUAAUAACAGAAGAACGUCUAAGUAAUAAUAAAUAUUUUCUUUCUAGUGACAAUAUUAUUUGUUGCUGUAGUUGUAGUAAUUGUAAAGAAAUUCGUCAAAAGAAUAGUUUUCAAUUACCAAUAGCCGCUAAUAGUCAAAUAUUCAGAACUAAUCAAACGUAA